GCUGCUGGCUAACCCGAUUGUGGUAGCAUUGUAACCGUAUUCCUGCAGGCUUGUCGUCUCACUGCGGGUUGGCCACCUCUUAUAGGUAUAUGACGGACCUAUUUGUCAACCGAAGCUGUUGGUGCAACUAUUAGACCCCCAAAAUCUCACUAUGCGCCCGGCCCAAUGGGCUUCAUUCUGCGCAGAUAAAUAGAUUUCUGCGGAACCUGUGUGGACAGGUCGCCGAUAGGUACUUGGCUUAGGUACCUUAGGUAGGUAGGAGGUAGCUUUUCGAUUUUCGUAUUCGAUGGUCCAGCUCGGGUUUGAUCAAAUGCUGUGAUCGAUGCUGACUUCUUUCUUCUUUUUUUCUUUUCGCCCGCCAUUUUAUGCCGUACGAAUUUGUCGUGAAAGAUUUCAAACAAAAAUUCUUCCUCAAUCAUCUCGAUUAACCACGGCUUCUAGACGGCGGUUUUCUUUUCUUCACCGUAUAUGCCUGUGUAACAUAACAGUCUAAUUGAUAUACCAUAUGCCCUUUAACAUUGCAGGUAUAGUGGCACGGUUAUAGAUUAGAUUUACAAGACUGGCUGUCAGAGCGACAGCCAUCCAUCCUACACAAUGGCACCUUAUUUACAUCCUCCUACCCCCGCCGCAGCCAUGCUGCUCAUCGCAGCCCUCGCUACCACUGUUAGUGCGGCGGUCUAUGAUAACCUAGCUGCACUAGACAAUGCGGCGCUAUUCCCCCAAUCGACCAGCAUGUACGACCCCGGCUUUGGCCCGCGCCGCAUCAUAUACGGCACGCCCGCCAUCCCCGCACGGCCCCUGCCCCUGUCCCCGGGCAAGGCCAGACGUCAGGACCAGGCAGCGCCGUGCGCGGCGGGCAGCCACGGCUGCUUGGAUCUCGGACCGCUAGGCGCCGAGUUCUGCUGCCUGAACGACCAGUACUGCUACCUGGACACGAGCUGGGCGCCGAAGUGCUGCCACCUGGGGGUCGACUGCGCGAACUCGCCGUGUGGCGAGGACGUCAGGUACUGCAACGGCACGACCACCGUCACCAGGACCAUCGCCACGUCCCCCGCCACGACGCUCUUCGACGAGACCAGCGUCACCGCCGCCUGCUGCGCGCGCCCGUGUACCGACAGCACGUUCUUCCUGUGCCAGUCGCCUUUCGGCGGACAGUGCUGCCCGUUCGGCGCCCGCUGCGGCUCCAACAGCGCGUGCUUGUAUCCGCCCACGUCGACGAAACCGUCGAUUACCCCCGCCUCAACGGGGUGCAUCAACUGCCCCACGGGCGGCGGGUGCUGCGACGUCGGCAGCACCUGCACGUCGAGCGUGGUGUCCGCGACGUCGACGGCGCAGCUCUGCGCGGCGAACCUAACCGUCGUCAGCAGCGAGGGGCUGUCGGAGGGAGCCCGGGUGGGGAUAGGCGUCGGGGUCGCGGUCGGAGCGUCGCUUAUCAUCGGCGGGAUAACGUGGUUCUGGAUCCACCGCCGGCGCGCGGCCAACUCGCGCGGCGAAGGAGGAAGAGGAAGAGGAGGAGGAGGAGGAGGAGGAGGAGGAGGCAUGCUGGUCGGGUCCGGGGCCGAAGAGCCGGAUCGCGCGGGCCCGUUCCUGCCCCCCGGCGGCGGCGUCGGCACCAUGUCGGAUAUCACGAGCCCGUCGAGCAGAACGGGCAUGAGGCCGCGCCUCCACGAUGACGGGCUCGCUCACAGCUAUUACGGACCCGACGCCGUGCCGGGCCCCUAUACGGAUCGCGGGGAUAUGAGCACGCCUAGUAGGGCCUACGGCAUCGAGUCGAGGUCGAGUCCGGGGUUCUCUGACCAAGCCGCGAUAGCCGCUAACCGGUACCCGGACGGGCCCCAGAAUAUCGUGCGGCCUGUGGAGAUGGGCAUGCAGGAGGAAAGGAGAAUAGAGCUUGGUGACAGCGGAUCCCCCGUCCGAGAAAACGUGGCCGGUGCGAAUGGCGCCGCAGCGGCGGCUAAAGAGGAGAAACAGGAGGCGUACGAGUUAUACGGGGGCCCCGUGACCUCGCCGGAACCGAUGACCAUUGAAGAAGCAGAGCAACACAGAGGCGGGAGACCCCCUGAUCACACAGUAGAGAAGAGUGGGCACGAAUGAGCAUGUGAGAAAAAAAAAAGUGAUGGACUUCUGGUAUACUACUACCCUGAUCCUAACUGUAACUAACGAAUGCAUAUGCAAUUUAAUUUUGAAUGAACACGACUGGAUAUACCCUUCAGUCUACUGACAAAAACGCCUCUCCUCGCCUUUGCUUGCUUUGCCUUUGCUCCCCCCCUUAACGCCGAGCGUAAACACUAUGCGACGGCAGCAGACAAUUACUAUCAUCUACUCCUUAAAAACGUACCU